AUGGCGGACCUCACUGUUACAGACUCCAGUGGGGGUAGAUUUCCCUUUCACGAGAAGAAAGCAAGGAAGCUGGAAGGCUGUCAUUUGGGUGGAGGCUCUUUUGGGGAGGUCUUCAAGGCUACACAUGCAGUACAUGGUGAUGUAGCUGUGAAGCUUGCUAAAUAUGGUAAACGAGGUCAAGUGGUAAUGUACCAGAAAGAGGCUCAAAAGCACGAGAAUUCCCUCAUAUGUGAACAUAUUGUCUCCAUCAAAGGGUUUGUGGAGUGUAAAGAUGAUGCAUGUACCUGUGGCCUUAUUGGUAUCGUCAUGACAUACAUGGAGAAUGGAUCUCUUUGGGACUUCCGCACUACUAAAUGGCUACACCACCCUGAUCUCUGGCCUCUGACCAACAGGAUGAUCUAUCAAAUCUCGUGCGGAAUGCAUUUUCUCCACUCCAAUGAUAUCAUUCAUCGUGAUCUCAAGCUGGAGAAUGUUCUAGUAGAUGGUGAUCUUAAUGUCAAGGUAACAUUCAACACCUGUCAUCUCUGCAGCAUUUUAAGAAACCGUCAUAAGUGUUGGGGCACGGACAGCCACAAGCCGCCAGAAGCUUUUAGAACAGACUUACCCGACUCAACUAAGGUUGUUACUCCAAAGUAUGAUGUCUACAGCUUUGCGAUGACUGUCUAUGAACUUCUGACGGGUAUUCACCCUUACUCCGACAGAGAAUUUGAGUUUGUGAAGCAACAGAAAGUAGAUAACACAACUCCCUGUGAGGAUCCUGUUCCAGAAAACACUCCUGAAGCUCUGAUCGAAGUAAUGAGAGAUUCAUGGAGCUAUGAAGCGAAUGAUCGUCCAAAUUUCGGAGAAAUUACAGAUAGGGUGAAGAAACUUGAUAUUGAACCAACUCAUAAAUCACUUGGACUCUAUUUAGGAGAGCGAAGGUCUUCCAGGAAAGAAGAAGGUAAUACAGACGAUGAAUCUGUGAGUAGAGGUAUGUAUGAUCACACCCCUGUCGAGCAGAGUAACAUCAAUACAGCAAUACCUAUUACUGAAACAGUGACACAAAAAUCAGGUGGGAGGUCAUAA